UCAGGCGGGCCAACGCGCCGUCAGUGUAGUGUGGGCAGCCGCAGCGGUAGAACGGAGCGCAUCUAGAAGCGACAUGACGCGUGUGCCAGCCGUGACCAAGUGUCCCCCUCGCCCCCUGCCAGCCUCCCGUCUGCGCAGCCCCGCCCCACCCCGCCCUGCCCCUGUCCCAGACAUGUGACUCUGGCGGCGCAGUCACCUGGUGCGCCCCUCCGCCUCACGUGUGCAAAGCUUUCCAUAGCGCGCGUGGUCUGCCUUAGGGCAUCCCAGGGGAUCCCCCGGGCCCGGCCGGCUGCCCAGCUCCCCGCCAGGCCGUGCUGGGAGCCACAGGUCACUCGUGUACCGCCUGCUGACGCCCCAGUCACCCGCAUUCUUGAUAAACAAGCCGCGGGUCACGGCAGCGAGUCGUGCUGAACCAGGUCCCCUCAGACAAUACCGGAGCCAGGCCGCCUCAGGGCGUGCUGCCAGACAGGUCAGCAGCAGGCCGUAGUGUCAAGCAGGUCAUCAACAGGCCGUGUUGGGCGCCACGGGUCACUGCUCGCAGGCAGCGCCCGGCGUGACCUCGCCUCGCCCUUGCAGCAGCCUUGACCCUCGACACCCUCGCCAGGGCAGCGGCCUGAGCCGCCUCGCCCCACCCCAACACUCAAGCCCGGGCACCACGGCCAACAGCAGCAGCAGCAGCAGCAGCACGAGUCUACGAGGGUGAAACAACAGCGGCAGCGUCCGUGGCGGCGGCAGCGGUGGUGGUGGUGGUGAUCUUGGGUUACAGGCAGCACACCUCCAACCGCCCCACAGCUCUGUCCCAGCACGUGGGUCUCCCCCAACCCUCGCCCCACCCGGACCCUGACGGUGCCAGUGCAGAUAGUAAAGUGCCAAUUUGCAGCGUGUGGAAUCAGGGGCGGAGCGAGAGGCGUGGCCGCGGCGCCAGAGGCUCGAAGGAGGCCCCGCAAACCUGCCCUACCGACGGCCACUCCACGCCGUCACCUGUGAACCCCGGCAAAACAUAAACAGUCCGUGUGUGUGUGUGUGUGUGUGUGUGUGUGUGUGUGUGUGUGUGUGUGUGUGUGUGUGUGCGAGGCUGCCGCGUCCGUCAACACUGCCGCCCAGCAAACCAGUCACAGCCAAGGUCUCCUCAUGUCUGCCUAACAUUUGUGUAGCGGCUCGUGUGACAAGAACUUACAGUUAUCCGAAGAUCUGCAGACCAGCGCCGCUCUCUCACACCCCUGCCGCGCUCCCCCAGCCUUGCUCAGCGCGGGCCAGACCAUACACGCUAAUCUGCCUUUAUGGCCGCCACCAAGGAGAGAGAUAAGAGGUGGCAGAAAAAACACCACUGACUCGUCUGAGAGAAGCGUGCGUGCGAGGCGAGACCGAGCCAUCAAGGACUUUCAGAACCUUAUUAAUCAGUGAUCUUGACCCGCCAAACCAUGAGGUGGAGUAGGCGUGGCGAAGAAGGCGGCGGCGGAGGAGGAGGAGGAGGAGGAGGAGGAGGAGGAGGAGGAGGAGGAGGGAAGUGUUGGUGGUGGCGACACGUAGUCCUGGUGGUGGUGGUGUUGUUGGUGAUGUCUUUAGUGAUGGUGGUGGAGACGACGCCAUCACCCAGGGUGAGAGGGAGGGGCGCCCGCUGGGGAGACGGGGAGGAGGGCCCCGGGGGUAGCAGAAGCAACCUUCGCCUCAGAACAAAACCUGAGUGGAAGAAACGGCACAGGAAAUCCUCAGAGUGUCGCCUGGGGAAGAACAAAUACGCCCUGGGGGAGCAGUGGAGCCCUGACUUGGGGCCGCCCUUCGGUGUGUGGAACUGCGUGCGUUGCAUGUGUGCGAAGGUGCAAAAAAAGCGGCGGGUGGUGAGCAAGGUGAGGUGUCGCAACAUCAAGACAGAGUGCCCCAAGGUUGCCUGCGUGAACCCCGUGAUUCUGCCGGGCAUGUGUUGCAAGACGUGUGUCAACCAGAACCCAGCACCACCUCCCGUGCUACAUCUCCAAGAUGAGUCGCUGGAAGGACGAGACUUCGCAGUGCUGCUCAACGGACGCACCUCAAUGACACCGAUGACCACCACCAGGGUAGCCACGGGGCGCCUCUUCCUGCGGCGCCGCACCCUGCACUUCUCUUUCCUGCUGGAGCACGGUGCUCCGUCCCCCUCCUCUAUCCAGUUUCUCAAUGAAUCUGGCGAAAUUUUGGAGCAGCUUGAGCCCCAGCCAACGCCUUAUGAGGAGACCAACAGCAGAGUGUGUGGCACCUGGACCCGCCUGCCCCGGGAGUACAGGACACUUCUGCUGGAGGAAAAGAUGUGGGUCGCCCUCAAGCCUCCCGAGGACAGCGAGGAGGACGAGAUUAGCGGCCAUGUGUCCCGCUAUGUGGGAGUGGAUACCGAGGUGUUCUCCGCGCUCCUCACCCCCGCACCGGUCACCCACUCCACUCCCCACCACACCCUUAGCGGGGGAGGCACGGCCAUCAUCUCCGUUGACCGCAAGACAGACUCCCUACACGUGAGUCUGGUGUUCAACGGCGUGUUUGCUGCCGGGGAGACACAAAACGUGAGCCUCAGGGUGGAACUACUGCCGGAGCGCGCCCUGGAGCCCGUCACGGACACUAUCGUCCUCCCCAAAGUGUACUCCGAUGUGAACCGCGCCGAGCUGCUCACCACGCUGGGGGAACGCUCCCUCAUCCGCCUCACCCGCGGCCAGGUGAGCAUCAAGAUAUGGAGCGUGGCGGCCCCCCACCUGGUCCUCGAGGGGGUGAUCACCCCCCGCGCCACCUGUAACGUGUUCUGCGCCGUCCUCAGCGAGCCGCCGCCAGACACCUCCACCGCCCUCUCCAUGUCGCCGCCCCCGUACGGCGCCGGCUGGGCGCUGGUGACGCUGUCCAAUAACGGCACCUUCCACUACCAGGUGUUCGUGCAGGGCCUGACGGUGGCCUCGCUCACCCUGGAGACGCGCCACCGCCGCCGCCACCACGAGGUGAGUGACCUCACUGCCUCGUACCGAGACGGCUGGGCCAACGGCACCUAUGAGCGCCCCACCUACCGCGAUCUAGACGCCCUGCUGCGCGGCCUCAUAGAGGUAGUGGUGGCUGCGGACGGCGGCACAGGGCGGCGCCUGCAGGGCACCCUGAGCCCUGUGGCGGUCACCGAGGCCCUCAGGUCACGCCAGCCCGUACUGCUUGCCUCCCCUCAGGUGCCCAUGGCUGCCGCCGUGUGGGUAGCCGUGGACUCUGCCUGCGUCACGCAUUACGAUGUGAUGGUGGCAGGCAGGCACCCUGGCGGCGCCGCGGAGCCCUCCUGGAGCCUUGUGCUGCGCGAGGACGACCGCUCGUGGGACCCGCGUUACGACCUGAAGGAGGUGUCCCUAGAGGACGAGGUGCAGGGAUGGGAGCUAUUCUCCCACACCCUGGUGUUGAUGGAGGUGUCCCUCUCCCGCCUCGGGGCUGAGGUGAGCUACCUGGACCUGCACCUGCUGCCCAACACCACGCGCCCCGCCCCGCUGCUCACCGGCAGGGUGCGCGGCGUCAACGUGCCCACCGCCUGCCUACUGGACCCCGGUCAGUCCCCGAAGACUUCUUGCGCCAACCUGGAAUGUAUCCUGGACAGCUCCCACCCGCCGCCCUCUGUCACCAACAAGUGCAUCGAUGAGGACAAGAAGGUUUACAAUAAUGGCUUCAGUUGGGAGUCGCCUCACCACCACUGCCGCAUGUGCAUGUGUACCCAGGGAAUCAUACAGUGCCAUGACAGGAUAUGCCCCGCCCUGGACUGUUCCGGAGCCUACACGCCCCCAGAUCAGUGCUGCCCAGUGUGUCCAGGCAGCAUGAUAGGUGAAAGUGCCAUGUGUGAGCUGAACGAGCAGCGGCACCACGUAGGCACCGUCUGGCACCCCUUCCUGGCACCCUAUGGCUUUGACAAAUGUGUCUCCUGCAGCUGUGAGCUCAACGCAACAGGCCACCCAACACUGAAAUGUGCCAGAGAGCCAUGUCCAGACCUGCCCUGUGUCCCUGAUGAGAUGGAGCAUGUGGCGGGGUCCUGCUGUGCCCGGUGCCGGCCACCCCAACCCAUGCCCACCCUUGUCUCCCCACCACCUGGAUUCAUGAAUGAGGGUGUAUGGCGUCCUGAGGACCGCAGAGACACUAUUCUUAACAAUGGAGGAUGUCACUGGGAUAAUAAGCUGUACGAGAAUGGGGAACUGUUUCACCCUCGGAUCAACACUAUUGGUUACUACAAGUGUCUCAUCUGUAACUGUAAGGAAAGUAACAUCACCUGCGUUAAUGUGAAGUGCCCCACCAUUCAGUGCCAGGAGAUCAUGCUGGACCGACAGGAGUGCUGCCCCCACUGUGUCAAUGAGAACAGCACCCUGCGGCCAUCCUGGGAGAACAAGAGCCACCUCAAGCCCAAGCGCUACCCGGGGAAUGGCUAGUGGGGGAGGGCCAGUGUGUAGGAGUCUGAGGUCUGAGGUAAGCCUGACUUGAGGGGAAGAGGAUGCCCAGAGUAGAUGUUCUUUGGCUUGUCAAGGGCAGAGAUGCUUGGAAAGGUGCCAGAGACUGAAAGAGAGAGGGAGUUAUAAAGGAUAAAAAAAUUAUUGCUUUAUACCUGUGGCAUACUUGAUGUGUUUAGAGGAGGCUGAGUAGCUGAUGUUCUUUGUCAUUGACAGAGAUACUUGGAGAAUUGGAAAGGUGUGUGUUGAUGUUGCCAGAGAUAUAUAUAUAUAUAUAUAUAUAUAUAUAUAUAUAUAUAUAUAUAUAUAUAUAUAUAUAUAUAUAUAUAUAUAUAUAUAUAUAUAUAUAUAUACAAGGGAUUUAAAACAUGAUCGCUUUUUGCCUGUGGCAAAUAUGAUGUGUUUAGAGGAGGCCCUGAGUUGCAGAUGUUUGUCAUUGGCAGGGAUGCUUGGAAACUUGGAAGGGUGUGUGUUGAUGCUGCCAGAGAGAAAGUGAGAAUGAGAGGAAUGUGAGGGGUAAAAAAUAUGAUUGCUUUAAUAUCUGUGACAAAUUUCAUGUGUUUGUGUGUCUAUGCUGACAAGUAUGAGUCACACUGUAAUGCACGACUGUCUCAGAGACAGAAACAUUGUAUUAGUGAACCACAGCAGUGACAUGACAUGUGCCAGCCAGACACUGCACUUCUGCACUGGAAGGGUGAUUGACAUCAAGUGGAGUGAUUUUGAUACCAUGUCCUUUAGAUGUAAUGUUGACGAAGGGCUGGCUUAUUGGUGAUCACAAGGAGCAGUACCUAUGCAGUGUAUAGUUGUCCUCCCCAGUCAUCCAUAAAUGCUUUGUAGUGAUGUCAUCAUGUGCAAAGGCAAUGGUGAACAGUAGACAGUGUGUGUGUGGUGGUGAAGGAGAGGUGGUGAGAUAAAUGUUGAAAACUGUAUUCCCACAAGACUAGCCUGACAGAAACACAUUCAUAUAUAGACACUGACUUGUGAGUAUUGCACUUAACAGAGUAAGAACCAGAGCAGGAACUGGUAUCUAAAAAAUACUGAGACUAAAAGAGAAAAUUGACAUGAUUCUAAGAAGUGAAAAUUGACUCAAAUGUUAUAUUGUGAAUUACGAAAGUACUGGAAGGAAGAAGAGUUCAAGAAAAGCCAUGUGGAGUGAUAUAUUGGAAGAAAUACAGGUGAAACAUGUGGUUAUAUUACAUAGACACCUGGAAUAUGGAGAAAAGCAAGGAAACAAGAGGCAAUUUUUUAAUGUGAUGGACAAAAGUUUGGUGUGAAGAAAAUUAUGAAAAAACAAGAUUUAGGCAAGUUUUCUCAUUGAGAGUUGCUUCAGUGGACAAAACUUUGGUAUGUGGUGAAAAUUGCAAGAAAACAAUUAGCCUAGUGUGAUGGGGACAGCUGCUUUAAUGGAUGAAAUUCUGAAAAAUGAAUGGAAUUAUGAGAAAACCAAGAAAAUAAAAUGCAAGCAAGUGUAAAGAGAGUUGCUUCACUGGAUAAAACUUUGGAAUAUGGAAAAAAAAUUUAAGAAAACAAGACUUAGGCAAUGUAAUGGAUAAAACUGUGGAGUGUGCAAAAGAUUAUGAGAAAACAAGAUGCAGGCAGGUUUUUCCAAUGUGAUGACGAGAACUGUGAAAUUGAAGCAUCACAAGUUGAGGGGAUGAGAGUGUGGGAGCAAGACGACAGGCUGAGUUGAUGGUGAGGGAAGCACCGCCCUCUCCUGGUGAGCCAUUUGACAGUGGAAAUUGAGGAAACAGAAUCAUACAGACGAUGAAAGAUAUGUAAUAUGUUGGAAAGGAAGCAAAGAUCUUGGGAGAAAUGUGCAUAAAUAGAAAUGGAAAGGAAAUGUGGGAAAUAUAACUGUCCAUGUAAUAGAAAUAGAAAUGGAAGUAGAUUUGUUGAUAUAAAAAAAUGUACAAGCCUAGAAUGAGUAGCUAUUAUUCUCAUGGCAUAGUUAAAAGGGAAAGGUUGAUGAAUGAAAGAUAUUGGGAUGACAGGCUUCUGAUAUUCAUAAUUUUGCAUGCACAUUGAAACACACAAGGGAUUUUCAUUUCAAGCCAGACUAAGAAUAUGAGGAACACUUUACCAUAAUCUAAAGCUAAAGAUUAAAAGAUUUUCUAUGAUAUUAAGUUCAUCUCAGCUUUGAUAUAUGAAGGUAGAUACAAUUUGAGGCCUUUGUUGGAUAUAUGAAUCACUCCAACACAUCUUUCUUUUGCUUACUAAGAGAGUUACUGUAACAAUUGGUGCAGUCACAGGACAGUCAGGUCAAGCAAGACUUUAACAAUCAUCUUGGCUGCUUUGAUAAUGCAUGGGACUUAAAUUUUCAAGUCCAGGAAGAAGUUUAAACCCUGAAAGCACCAGUGAAAGCCUCUUGUGUCCAACUGACAUAAUGUUCAGAUCAGUUUCUUAGCUUUUCCAUGAUGUUUCAAGACCUGUUAUGUUAUCUUCAACUCACCUGAUUGGUGAAUUGUAACAGACAGAGGUUCAAACCUUUAAAAAGCCUCUUGUAGCCAAAUAAUGUCAACUUCAGAUCAGUUUCUCAGUUUUUCCUGUGAUAUUACAAAGUAUAUUCUGUUAUCCACCCCAACUGGCCUGCUGUGUAAGGUGCUGGACUCAAAUUUUUAAGUCCAGGCAGAGGUUUGCACCCAAGAAAGGCCAGCCCAACUGAUGUCACCUUAAGUUCAGUUUCUCAUUUUUUUCCUGUGAUAUUACAAAGUCUACUCUGUUAUCCUUCCUAACUGGCCUGCUUUGUAAGGUGUUGGACUCAAGUUUUUCAGUUCAGGCACAAGUUUGCACUCCAGAAAGGCCAUUGGUGCCCAGCUAAUGUCACCUUUAGAUCAGUUUCUCAGUUUUUCUAUGAGGCCUUUAAGUUCUGGUAUCCUCUUUGGUCUGAGCUGUCACACCAAGCCCCUCUGAGUAGCACGAGUGGCCCAGCUGGUGGGAUGCAGCUGUGCCAGGGAUGCUGUGGUGUGUGUGUGUGUGUGUGUGUGUGUGUGUGUGUGUGUGUGUGUGUGUGUGUGUGUGUGUGUGUGUGUGUGUGUGUGUGUGUUGAUGCCAUCCAUGCACUUCAUCUUCCAUUGCAUCCCCAUCUUGUGACUUGCUACAGUAGGAUGGCAUUUCUUGUGAGGUUCAUAGACAGGACGUUGUGUAGAUGUGUACAUGUGUAAAGGAAGAGCUGCGAUAGUAGUAAGAUAUUUUUUGGUGAAAGUCUGGAGAUUGUAGAGAAGGAUUUUAAAUGAAGAAUUGCAAUACUUACUUAGAAGGCAUUUUUUGUGAAAACUGAUGGUCAUAAUAGCAUAGAAUAAUGUAAAGGAAGAGCUUUUUGAUAUAUUAGAAAAGAAUGAACUGAGUACACCCUCAUAUAUAUAUAUAUAUAUAUAUAUAUAUAUAUAUAUAUAUAUAUAUAUAUAUAUAUAUAUAUAUAUAUAUAUAUAUAUAUAUAUAUAUAUAUAUAUAUAUAUAUAUAUAUAUAUAUAUAUAUAUAUAUAUAUAUAUACACAUAUAUAUAUAUAUAUAGUGACUUCAAACACUCAUAUGCUUCAAUAUUAUUAUACAGCUAUAGCAAAGGCAUGUAGUAAGCACUUGAGCAUCUGUCAACUCCCAGCGAGAGUAUGAUUAUGCAUUAUAUACCUUAUGUACUUGAGUCAUAAGCUAAUAUACCACUUAGUAACUUACAUUAAUGUCGAAUAUGAUUCUUAGCAUUGCACGGAGCACUGUGUUCUCAAACGCUUUGGUGUCUUAUCGCAACUAGACUUGUAACAGGUGCCAGUGGGAGAUGUCGGGGUUUUCGAUGAUGUUUUUAUGAUUCAAGUGAUAGUUUGACAAUGAUUCUGAACCUUUAAAGGGCUCUAGUUGGGGUUAUUAGGAUUUUCAAGGAUGUUUUUGAAUGGAUACUGCACCUUUGACAUGCUCUAGUGGAAGUUGUUAAGAUUUUCAAGGAUGUUUGUAUGAUUUAAGUGACAACUUGACUAGGAUUCUACAUCUUUAACAGGCUCUAGUGGAAGUUAAUAGAGUUUUUAAGGAUGUUUUUAUGAUUUUUCACCUUUGAGAGGCUCUAGUGAAUAUCAUUAGAACUUUUAAAGGCUAUUUUCAUGAUCCCAGUAGUUAAACAAGAAUCCUACAUCAUAAAUAGAAAAAAAAUAGAAAAAAAAGCAUCUGUGAAGACCUCAACUAUAAUAAUUUCUUCACUUGGCUUCUGGAAAUUUAUAAUUGUGGUGAGAGAGCAAAGCGUUUCAGAAUACAGCACUUGGUUAUGUUUUGGACGUGACAGCCUUGGUUUUGUUUUGUCUGGCCACCACUGAGGGUUAGGUCUUCCCUUCACGCCUCAACUGUGAGUCUAUUCAUUCUAGUACCAAAGAUGACGGGUGUUUUCUCAAUCUGACAGUUUUUUUCCAUUUACUUUUUUUUAUUUGUUUUUCCUUUUCCUUUUUUUUUUUUUUGUCUUCUAAACUGCUAGAGGAAAAAUAUGCAUACUUAUAGGUGUUAGCUGAUGGUGAUGAUGAUAGUGAUGAUGGUGAUGGUGAUGAUGAUGUAGUUUAUUUUAUUGUGUUUGUGAGUUAUUAUUUGCUGGAUUCUGUACUUUUUUUUAUGUAUUUUCUUUCCUUUUCUUUUUUGUUUAUUUAUUCUUUAUCUUUUUUUUAAGGAAAUUUGUGGUGAUGGAGUUUUAUGAAAUUUGUUUUUAGUUUGAUUUUUUUUUUUUUCCAUAAAGGAAGAAAUUAGAAUCUCCUCAACCCAUUUUUUCUCUCAUUCUUGCCAUUCAUUAUUUUUUCCUUCCAUAGUUGCAUUAUACUUCAUUCUUAUCAUUGUCCUCUUCUCUUCCAUUCUCCAUUUUUGUGUGUCUCCUUUUUAAGUCCUUUUUUUUUCUCAGAGUUCAUUUCUUCAUCACUCACUUACACAUUCACUAUUUUUCAUAAGUAUGGUAUUUAUAUCUUAGUUAAAAACAUUUAGUCAAUUUCAAGCACUGCCUUUUCUUCCCGUCUCCCUAUUUCCCUUUUCCUGGCCUUACUUCCUCCCUUUUUAACUUUCUUUUCUCCCUAUCUCCCUAUUUCUUAUCCCUUCUUCACUCUGUUUCCUUCUUUUAUCAUUUGUAUAUUUCAUUUCUCUUUUUCUCUCACAAUUUGCUUUCUGUUUAUCUUCCUUUUGUAUCUCUUUUCUUUAAUCUUCUGUUUCUUUCUUUGCUUUCUACUUUUUUUUCUCUUCCUCAGUUUACUAUCUAUUUCUCUUCUUUCUUGCUCUCUCAGUUGCUUUCUGUGUCUCUUCUUUCUCUUUCCCUGUUCUCUAGUCUCCCAUUCCUCUCUUCACUCUGUCAUGGUGGGCAAGACUUACUUUUUUUUCACCCAUCCUCAAGUAGAGAGGUAAUUUUGCCAAGCUCAAUAAUUACUUGUAGGUUUCUUUGUACUGUAGUAACUCUGAAGUCUUGCCUCUCCCUGUCUCUGACUUGAAGAGGGUAAACUCACAUAUACUCUCCCAUGGUGCAUUUUAGUAUAUCAUAUUACUGAUAUAUAUUCUAACUGUGGAGGCUACUGCUUCUAUUCAAAGGACGGAGUAAUGUUACGGUAGUUUAGUUUCUAUAGUUGUUUGUAUUGUUUAGUGGUCGUUGUGCUAGCUGAGACUUAAGUAAUCUUUUUUUUUAUCUGCUUUAUUUUGUAUCUGUGUUUUUUUAAUGACAUUGACAUCUGCUGCAUGUGUUUUGUGUGUUUUGUGUAUUUCUGUGUACUUCUGAGGGCACAAUGUUAAGCCUUUGCUGCUGUAGGGACACCUCACUCUGGCACACUCACCCCUCCUCAUUCUCCUCUCCUGUACCUUGCUCCUUGUCUUCCCAGACUUGCUACCUUCCCUCCAUCCCUCCAUACUCACCAGUCUCAUUUUUUCUCUGUCCCUCCACACCAAACUCCAUUUCUACUCUCUUCUAUCCUUGUCAGACUCCCUUUUUUCAUGUCUCUCCUUUCCUUCCCACUUUUACCUCCCUCCUCACCUCAACAAACUCUUUUUCCCUCUCCUUCUCUUCCUUCCUUCCUUUACUUCCCUUCUAACCUCUCCAAAUUGUUUUCUUCCUGUCAUUCUUUUCCUUCUUUUCUUUACCUCCCUCCUCAUCUCAAACUCUCUUUUUUUCCCUCCAUCUCUCCCUUCCUCCCUGCCUCACCAGAUUCAUAACCCUGCACCCCAGCCAGCUUAGAGCACAUGCAUUUCUAGGGUUACUGACGCAUUGGGUAGUGACACAAGGAACGGCAACCCAUGGCAGCCCUGUUGGUGAUGUCCAGACCGAUUCCCCUCCCUUAGAGUGACAGAGUGAGAUGUACAGCAUUAUUUAUCUAUUGACAUGCUGGGGCUUCUCACUCGCUCCCAUUCUAUUCUUAGCUAACGUUGACAAUUCCUUGCCUAUAGUAUGAGUAGGCUGCAAUGUUGUAUCUAUUUGUAAGUUCCUAAAAGAUGCAUUCAUGAUGGAGGAAAUGCUAUGAUGUUGUUUUACUAUUUAUUUAUUUAUUUUUAUUUUUUUGUUUUCUCUGAUGCUACUGAUUGUUAUGGAGGUAUAUUUAUACAUACAUACUUAAGUGGGCACAUACUUGUUGUUCACUCCCUGAAUCAGUACUGUAGUUCUAGAUUCCUUACAGGUAAUGAAACACAGCAUUGGAUCCUUUCUAGGUAAUGAAACACACUCCACACACAACACUAUCUUAACCUCAAGCUAAAUCAAAAUCUCUAAUUGUUACUCUUUGCUGAAAUUCUAUUUUCAUGAACCAUUUUAGUGAAAGAGGAAAUGUAGAGGAGCAAUAUUUUUCUCUCCUGUCCUAAUGCAUUAGUAGAUUUACAUAGAGUGAGGUUGGUAAUGUAAGUAGUGAUGAAAGGCUCUUGUUAAUUAAGAGAUGUGUUGAAUUCUUAUACAUAUAAGAGCAGAAUCUUAAAUCUAAUUUUUCUCUCCAGUUCUGACACAUUAGUAGACUUACAAAGAGUGAGGUUGGUAAUGUAAAUAGUGAUAAAAGGCGCGUGUUAAUUAAGAGAUGUGUUGCAUUCCUAUAUGGAUGAGUGCAGAGUCAAACCUAAUAGUUUUCUCUCUAUUCUGAUGCAUGAGUAGAUUUAUAGAGUGUGAGGCUGAGAGAAAUGAGACUAAUGCUAAAAGAUUCCUGUUAAUCAAGAGAUGUGUUGAAUUGUUGAAUGGAUAAGUGCAAAAUCUUGAGUCUUGCCUGGCCAACACUCAUAACUUAAAUUUAAUCAAAAUAACCAAAUUUCCUCAAGGAAAGACAAUUAACUAAGAUAUAUUGUGAAAGAGAGAGAGAGAGAGAGAGAGAGAGAGAGAGAGAGAGAGAGAGAGAGAGAGAGAGAGAGAGAGAGAGAGAGAGAGAGAGAGAGAGAGAGAGAGAGAGAGAGAGAGAGAGAGAGAGACUGACUUUAAACCAAAAUAUAUUGCAGGAAGUGUUGUGUUGGUGAUGUGAAGGAAGCAUGUUAUGUUACAACUGUGGCCUUUAAAAAUUAAUUGUACUCCAUCUUAUGCAACAACACCGUCCAUCCUUGCACAGAAAGAGAGAGAGAGAGAGAGAGAGAGAGAGAGAGAGAGAGAGAGAGAGAGAGAGAGAGUAGAUCCUUGUUAAAGGUAGACCUAAAAUCCAAUAGAUGGAGGAGAAACUAGAAUGUAUAUGCUUAAAAAAAGAAAAAUAGUAAUAAAUAAAUAAAUAAGAUAAAAUAAUAAUGAUAACAAUAAUAAAAAUUUUAAAUCCCCAAUGCAACUCCUUUAUAAACUGAAUUGUGAACAAUAAAGAAAACACAAAAAAAUAAGCUAAAAAAUACAGUACUAGAGAAAGGAAAAAAAUAAGAAAAUAAAUAAUAAAAUAUGCAGUUAAUUAUUGCUAAACAGUUGUAAAAUGUGACGUAUGAUAAGUGUGUAUGCAUUUGCAUUUGCACUCUUCCACAUGCAAUCUUUGUAGUGACUAUAGCCAUAUAUGUGUACCCAAACCAUGUAUAGAUUAAUAUCAUACACACAUAGGUAGCAAUGACAAGGUACUUUAAGCAUUUCCUAAGUCUUACAUCCUCUGAUCAGCUAAUACUCAUCAUCUCCUUACAGAGCUUAAAAACUAAUGGUCUUAAGCAUUGUAAUGUACUAUUCUUCAUUAUCUUAAGCUUUUUUCUCAGUCUUAUUUGCUCUGUUUGAUUCACACUCUCCUUACUAAGAAUAGUUGGAAGUCAGUUAUCCUGUCAUUCUUCUUAUCUCCAUACAAAACAUAAGAACAGUGGGUUGAAAGCCUGCAAACAUGCCCCUCUUUAUCUUAAGCACUUCUCAGUCUUACCUUCUCAGACUGACUAACUCUCCUUGCAAAAGUUGGAAACUGGUGAAGCCUGUUAGCAUACUUCUCUUCUCCACUGUCUCAAGCUCUUUCCUCAGUCUUAUAUCCUGUGAUCCACUGUUACUGUCCUUACAAAGCCUGAUUGAUUCUGAGUGUUCCAAUGGGUGUAAGCUUGAAGGCGCAUACAGAUUACAGUGGAAAGGAGGAUGGUACAGCAUUUGACUAUGUUUCUUGGGUGUUUUGUGUCUGAUUUGAUAUUACGAGGAGCUGUGAUGGACUUAUGUUAUAGAAAGUCAGUUUCCUCACACAUUAUUAUUUUUUUUCUUCACAUUCUUUGGGUAUUGAGUAUAAGGAAGUGAAGACAUGGAGAGGAGGCAGUGAAGAUGAGAGAAAGAGAGAAAGUGUGUCAGGUGUUUUUGGGUUCCUCUGUGUCGUAAAAUAUUUAGUAUCUCUGAGUCAAUAAUGCAUUGUGAGUAUACUGUAGUUCUCUUUAUUAAGUCUUCAUCUAGAGGGUAAAAUUAAAGGCACAAACUUCUCAAGAUGCCACCAGAUUGUUUUCCGAGCAAAUCCAGGUGACUAUUUUGAAGUGUGUGUCUGUUUACCUUUGUGUGAUGUUGGCUUGGUGUACAGACAGACAGGCAGACUGGUUCCAGGUGUUAUGUUUUGACUGGCCUUCUGCAUGGGCCUUAUUGGGUACAUUUCCUAAUCAAAUAUUGUUUUGUGUGCCAUAUUGUGCACUGUGAGAGAGAGAGAGAGAGAGAGAGAGAGAGAGAGAGAGAGAGAGAGAGAGAGAGAGAGAGAGAGAGAGAGAGAGAGAGAGAGAGUGGGGAGGCAAGGCAUGUUUCUUGUGUAUGGCCUCAGUUCAGCUGAGGUCAGGUUAGGUCACAUGAGUCUGUUAAGUACUGUCUUGCUUCUGGUGUUGUGGUUGUUGUGGUGUUGUGGUUGUUGUGGUGUUGUGGUGUUGGAAAGGAAGGAAGGUGAAAGGAAGAGAUCAUAUCAGUACUGCAGGGAUGUGUUUAGUUAAUGAUACCUGGGGACUUGUGUUGGGAGAGGAAGAGAGGGAGUGACAGGUUGAUAGUAAGGUAUAUGCAAUCCUUUAAAUGUCCAACUUCAAUUUCAUGUGAAAGGAAGAAAUUGUGAGAGUACUGCAGGAACGUUGUGUUAAGGAAGAGAGGAAGAGAAGGAGUGACUGAAAUUACAUAGAUUGAUAGCAAGGUAUCUUAUCCUUUGAACAUCUAAUACAAUAAGUAAAAUAAGAAUGCUAAACAAAAUGAUGAUGAUAAUGAUGUUUUUGAAUUGGGAAAGAUAGGCUGUGUGUUUUCAUGAAUGAGCCUUCAAGUUACACAGGUUUAUUCAACUUAGUCAAAUACUUAACCCUUUCACCAUUAUAUACAUUAACUGACAAUGUUGGAGGCUUUAUAUGAAGUCUUUAUUAAUGCCUAUAAAAAAUAGAAAAACUACAUUUUGCAGGGUCUAGCCAUUAUGAUGUGAGGCAGCUGUGGAAAGAAAGAAAUGUCUCAGUGCUUUGUGAUCCAAUGCAUGGAAGGGUUGAGUUUUCAGUCUCUGUUUAGGAUUUGUAAAGUCUACCUACUGACAUCUGAUCCUUGAAGUCUUGGUCACACUUCAGGACAUUGUAAAGUCUUGUAAAGUCUUUUAAAGUCUACCUACUAUAGUCUUUACCAAACAGUACACAAUAUCUCACUUGCCUCAUUCACUCAUUCUCAUUCUUUCUCUCCACAUGACAGCAGUAAAGAUGAGAAAGAGAAUAAGAAAAAAUAGCUCUCAUAUCACUUGCACUGCAAAAUUUCUGUCAUGAAGUCAUCUUUUCUUCAGUUAAACACUCAUUCACUCACUCACUCACUCACACACUCACUCAAUCACUCCUCAAACCAUACAGACUGCUCAGUGUGAAGGGGCAGAAACAGUGUGAGGUAUUAAACUGUAUAGGUUCUCAUGAAUGUUAGUGAGAUUCCUAAUAGAGACACAAGUUUAAGUCACUCACUCCUCACGACACAUGAACUGCUCAGUGUGGAGAAGCAGAGAUUUAGUGAGGCUGAGAACUGCAAGGUUCUCUUGAAUAUUUGUGAGGGUGAAAACUGUAUAGGUUCUCUUGAUACAGAUUUGAAAGUAGGCAGUGUUCUUGUGUGUUUGUGAGCCAGGAAACUGUAGAGGUUCUUGUGAAUGUGAGGCUUCAAAGAGAUACAUACAGAUACAAGUUUGGGUCUUGUGGAUGUUUGUAAGGCUGAAAACUAUGUACUGUAGGUUCUCUUGAAAGUUAGUGAGGCUCCAUAGAGAGAUAUAGGCUUGAGGGAAACAGGUUCUUGUGAAUGUUUGGCAAGUUGGUGGCAGCAAGACAAUGUUUAGUUAAGCCAUGUGACACUGUGUUGUGAUGCGUGCCUUAAAACUCAAAGGAGGUAAUGUGUGUGGGUCAGCUGGUGGUGUUGUGGUGUUGUGGAGUUGUUGUGCUGCCUUGAUGCACUCCAAUUGGUGAUACUGUUGUUGUAAUGAUGAGGUGGUUAUUGAGACAGGCAUUUGUUUUAUGUCCUCUGUUUAUUAUUUAUUCCACUGAGUGUUUGUGCAAAAAUUUGUGAGCAACUUUUUAAAAAUCACACCUUUUUAUAUACAUUUCUAUUAUAAGUUUGAGAUGUGAACUGUUUCAGAAUGUGAUGUUGGAAAUGAAGGACUAAAACAUUGCACUAUCACUGUAAUGUGCCUAAUGCAUUAUUGUAUUAAGAGUAAUGUGUGCAGAUUCACAAUGCUUCGCAGUAUGUAUUCUGGAGAUGGCAGAGAGAGAGAGAGAGAGAGAGAGAGAGAGAGAGAGAGAGAGAGAGAGAGAGAGAGAGAGAGAGAGAGAGAGAGAGAGAGAGAGAGACCAUACAAUAUUAAACAGAGGACACACACACACACACACACACACACACACACAGAGAAGCAGGUAGCUCUUCAUGUCACUAGUGUGUGUGUGUGUGUGUGUGUGUGUGUGUGUGUGCGUGCAGUGUUGGCAGUGUUGCAGGGUAUAAUGGUAAGGUGUGAUGUAGGUUGAUAUUAAAAAGAAAGAGAUGUUUUGUAUGUAUGCAUUUGUGACAUCUGGCAUUUUCAUAUGGAAGUGUAUAGGAUUAAUUUAUUUUUUAUUACAAGUUUUCUCUUUCCAUUAUAAAGAGUAUGCUGUAUAAUGAUUACAUUCAAUUGUCUUUUUCUUUUUUAAUCUUUCCAUUCUUCUUCUUUUUCAUUGUAAAUAUUUAUAACUAAAAUAAUGAUAAUAAUAAUAAUAGUAAUAAUAAUAAUAACUGUACUAUGCAAACUAGUCAUUUAUGGCAGAUAGUGUUAAUUAAAAAAGAAAACUUAAUAAUUGACUUAGCUAACCCUUUCUCCUGGACCACUUAAGAAAAAAAACUUGACUAUUUCAUAUAAGAAAAAAAAAAAAAAAAAAAAUCAUAAAAAAAUUCUAAUCACAUUUCACACACUUCAUGGCUUGUUGCGUGUGUACCUGUGUGACUCUUUAGUGCAGGUGUGACCUCUCUCCUGCAGGUGUGGACAGUGGCACAACACCUGCAAGAUUUUGAGUCUUGGCAGUGAUGGAUGGAAACAUUCAACACCAUCAUUAUUAUCACCAUCAUCACAAUCAUUAAUAGACAGGACAUUACAAACUUAAAUAUAAAAAAAGAUACUGUUAAAAGUUCAUCACUUAGUCACACAUAUGUGCAUACUAACACCAUCACCGCCAUCACCAUCAUCACCAUCACUUACAAACAGACAGGACAUUACAAACUUAAAUAUAAAUACAAAACAAAUAUAAAACUCAUCAGUCAUACACAUAUACUGACACCAUCACCACUGCCUAGUCACCACACAUCUAUUCACUCAUCACACAGCCACACCAUCACAGUCACCACACAAGCCACCACACUCAAUCACCCAGUCACCACACACCACCACACUCAUCACACAGUCACCACACACAGCCACACAUGCAGUCAAACUCACUCAGUGCAUCACAAUUUAAUAGCAAGGGUAAUAUUUUUUGUGUGUGUGUGUGUGUGUGUGUGUGUGUGUGUGUGUGUGUGUGUUGGAGGGCCUUGUUAAUUAUGCAACGAGUGAGGCUACAUGUAGGAACAGCUGGAUAUUGUAGGUUCAUUGCAUGCGAGGCUGUUAUAUGGUAUCACAUUACUCCCUUGUCCAUUAAGUUGAAUCAGUAUAAGUAGAUGGAUUAUGCUGAAAAUCUUGGCUGGUUAUGUCUUGCUGUGUUGAGGCAAGAGAGAGAGAGAGAGAGAGAGAGAGAGAGAGAGAGAGAGAGAGAGAGAGAGAGAGAGAGAGAGAGAGUUAGUUUGUGUGUGUGUGUGUGUGUGUGUGUGUGUGUGUGUGUUUGGCAGCAUACACAGCAUACAAUACAGCAUAAACAGCAUCACCCAAGGAUAUGUAAAAGCUGUGUUGGCACAAUGUGUACUGUACUGUAUAGGAAUUUGUAAAGCAAACUCUGUCUGCUGCACAUUCAAGACUUUAUUAUCAGACUUGAAUCUCUUUGGCUUACUUUGGUUUGAUAUUGUUGAACUGGAAAGAGUGAAAAUUGACACCUUUCAUGCAUUAACGAUUUCAUUCUCAUCUUUCCCUCAGAAUUAAAAGUCUUUCCUUAUCUUUUUUAUUCAUUCAUAGUUUAUUCAUCCCUAUAUAUAUUUUCCCCUUCUCUUCUCUACCUCAUUUCAUCAUCAGCAUCAUCAUGAAUAUUUACAAUAGUAUAAUUCUUUUCUUUCUUUUUCUUUAUUUUCAUUGCUUCUGGCAGCAUUUUGAGAGAGAGAGAGAGAGAGAGAGAGAGAGAGAGAGAGAGAGAGAGAGAGAGAGAGAGAGAGAGAGAGAGAGAGAGAGAGAGAGAGAGUUUCACCUGGUGUUAGAGAAGAAUGUCUGUGUCAAAAAUGAGUACAACUCCACCAUUUAUCGAGUUGGAUCCCCUUCCCACCACCUCUCCCCUAAACUAGCAAAUAAUGAGAGAAUCAGACUCCAUCACUGAAGAAUCCAAGCCUUUUUGACACCACAUUUUUCAGCACAUACUCAGAAUGAGAAUCAAACUCCAACAGUAAAGACUUCCAACUUUUAAUGAUAUUUUUACACAUUGAAAACCAAGAAAAAAUAUCUAUCAUAAUCUUCCUCUUCACUAUAGAAAGAAUAAGCUACAUACAUACAUACAUACAUACAUAAACACAUUAAAUAAACUCUUACUAUGCACUGAAUGAAGAGUUACUGAUAUGAAAAUGCCAGUCAAAUAUAAUGAUUUUUUUUUACUUCAUAACACUGAGGGUGGACUUAUUACUGAAACACUUGUAAAUACAUGGCCAAUAAGCUUGCCUGCCUUCACAAUGCACUAUGCAACAAUAAGAAUACCAUGGGAGAGAAUUUUAAGUGUCUCUUAUAAUUCUGGUUGAGAUCUGUUCUUUUACGACUGAUACAGGAAAGAUGAUACAUUAUUACAGUAGAUCAGUGCCAAAAACUGAAAGAAAAAGCUUUGUACUGAAACUAAAGUACCAUAUUCUGAAACAUUUCUGGCUGCACCUCCACUACAUUCAAAAGCCUCAAUGUAGUUGAAGUGACACGGGUUUCCAAGGGCGUUUCCAUAGUUCUAGUGAAAGAUUGACAAAAUUUCUACAUUAUGAACUGGAAAAAUACUCUUAAGAACCCAGCUGGUCAUCUCUUUGGCCUUCGAAAACACGCUUGGUGAAAAAGCAAAGCGUUUCAGAAUACGGUCAGAGACUGACAGUUGUAUGGUGGCCAAGGAAUGAUUAGGGAAGGACUAUAGAACUGUGUAAUGCAUGGUGACUUAGGAAUGAAAGUAUACGUAUAACAGCAACACCUUAAAUGAGUAUAGCAAUGUAUGGCGACAGUAUGAGUAUAGUAUAUAAUGACAUGAGGCUGAAUAAUGUAAAGACACAUGAAACACAAUAUAAAACAGUGUGCAUAUAAGUGACACAUAAGGAGGCUGAGAACUUGUCUAAUAUACUGACAGGAUAAUGAAAUGAAGAAGCAGAGUAUACAUUUUGCCUAAUCCAGCCAUACAGAGUUAUACAGACAGCCACCCAACCAGGCCUAGCCCAGCCACCCACCACCAUCACCACCUCGGCCAGUCCAUCUUAGCCCAGCCUCGCUCUGUCUCGCUCCCAACCACAUGCAUUCUCCAUUUAGAAUUUCUGGGCCGGGAGAGGGCGAGGUGUAUUGAAGUAACGUGUAUGAGUUUCAGAAAGCUUUAUUUUGUCGAGGCUAACGUGGAUUGGUUCUAGGUGGUCAUAUUUGUGUUUUAUUGUGGUGACGAAGUGUCUGACAGCUGCUGGUGGGUGUUGCUGUGUGUUGAUUAAACUUGAUGAAUGUUCUGCGUAUUGGUUUAAUAUCCUCUCGUCUUUUUUGUCUGUCUGUCUGUCUAUCUGUCUCUGUCAUCUUAUCUUUCCAUUUAGCUGUGUAUUAUUAUUUUUUUUCUUUCUCCUUACGUCUUUCUCUCCAUUUCUCAUGUUCUUACAAGUAUUUUAAUCUUAUCUGUGUAUGACUUAGUCAAAUAAAUGUAUAUUUAUAUUUUCUUAGCAUUCCUAAAAAAAUGUACAUAAAUUUUUGUUGUUGUUCUAAAUGAAUAAAUAAAACCAAUAUGA